AUGCAGACACUUCGUACGCGAGUGCUGACGAAGAUGCUGGAUACCCCGACACCUUUCAAAUGGCUACCACCGUUUCUGGACCAGUGGGAAAGCUAUUGCCGCGAGCUUGUAGGCCUUGCCAGUGGCUGGAAAGUGGUCGGCGACAUUGGUCGAGCUCGUUCGACUCUAGGAAAAUGUUUCGACGUUGUUCGACGACACCUCAAGGCGCCCUUUGCAAGGCCUUCGCGGAAUGAGAACGACGAAAGCCAAGCGCUUCGCCAUGUUGCUGCCGCUGCCAAGCAGCUCCUGCUCGAGUGUCCCCACCUCACGUGCUGGCCUCCCUUACCGAUGAAUUCUGGAGCCUGUUACGUCAAGUGCCUCUCUCCACCGAAGUAG